GCCGUCGCCGUCGCCGCUACCGCUACCGCUCUGCCGCCGCCGCCGCCGCCGCCGCCGCCGCCACCGCUGCCGAGGCCGUGCGGAGCCGUUAUCGCCGCGCCGCCCGCCCCGGAGCAGAGCCCCGGGCCUUCCCGCCCGUGUUCAGAUUUUUAAAUAAUACAAUGUCUAAUGGUUAUGAAGACCACAUGGCGGAAGACUGCAGGGAUGACAUUGGGAGAACGAAUUUAAUUGUCAACUACCUCCCUCAGAACAUGACCCAGGAGGAACUACGAAGUCUGUUCAGCAGCAUUGGCGAGGUUGAAUCUGCAAAGCUUAUUCGGGAUAAAGUAGCAGGACACAGCUUGGGCUACGGUUUUGUGAACUAUGUGACUGCAAAAGAUGCAGAGAGAGCAAUCAGCACACUGAACGGCUUAAGACUCCAGUCCAAAACCAUUAAGGUGUCAUAUGCUCGCCCAAGCUCAGAGGUCAUCAAAGAUGCCAACUUAUACAUCAGUGGNCUCCCAAGGACCAUGACACAGAAGGAUGUGGAAGACAUGUUUUCUCGGUUUGGGCGAAUCAUCAACUCCAGGGUCCUUGUGGAUCAGACCACAGGUUUGUCCAGAGGGGUUGCCUUUAUCCGGUUUGACAAACGGUCAGAAGCAGAAGAGGCAAUUACCAGUUUCAAUGGUCAUAAACCCCCAGGUUCCUCCGAGCCCAUCACAGUGAAGUUUGCAGCCAAUCCCAACCAGAACAAAAACAUGGCUCUCCUCUCGCAGCUGUACCACUCGCCUGCUAGGCGGUUUGGAGGCCCUGUGCACCACCAGGCACAGAGAUUCAGGUUCUCCCCUAUGGGUGUAGAUCACAUGAGUGGGAUUUCUGGUGUCAAUGUCCCCGGCAAUGCUUCCUCGGGCUGGUGCAUCUUCAUCUACAACCUUGGGCAAGACGCCGAUGAGGGGAUCCUCUGGCAGAUGUUUGGCCCCUUUGGUGCAGUUACCAAUGUGAAAGUGAUUCGUGAUUUCAACACCAACAAGUGCAAAGGGUUUGGUUUUGUGACCAUGACAAACUAUGAAGAAGCUGCAAUGGCCAUAGCAAGUCUGAACGGCUACCGCCUGGGGGACAAAAUUUUACAGGUUUCCUUCAAAACCAACAAGUCCCACAAAUAACUCGCUCAUGCUUUUUUUUUCUUUCUUUCUUUCUUUUUCCUUUUCUUUUUUCUUUUUUUGUACGGAAUAGAUAAUUAAGAGUGAAGAAGUUGAAACUUUUUUGUUAGUGUACAACUCAUUUUGCGCCAAUUUUCACAAGUGUUUGUCUUAGUCUAAAUGAGAAGUGCAAAGGUUUUUAUACUCUGGGAUGCAACCGACAUGUUCAAAUGCUUGAAAUCCCACAAAUGUUAGACCAAUUUUAAGUUUCUUAAGUUAUUUCCUUUAAAGUAUAUAUUAAACUGAAACCUAAGUAGACUGCAUUGACUAACCAGUCACUCUGGAUGGUGGUGGAACUGAAGCAUGCUUUUACUUCUAAGACUGUCUAACACCUGUUUCAUCUGAUGUCUCCACAGACUGGAUUUAAAACAAAAAAAAAAAUUUUUUUUUAAUUUCUUUGUUUUAGUUUUUAACCUAAAGAUGUUAGACAGAUGGGGAGUGUGUUUUUUCUCAACUGCUUCACCAUUUUAAACAAUUUCUGCUUUAGUUGACAAGAAAUUUACCCUCCCCAGCAGUCCCACUGCUNCCCCCUGCCCACUCAGUCCCAGCUCUAUGGUGUUGGGAGCAGCAGCAGGGCCCAUAUUCUGGGGCUCCCACAAGGGGAAGUGGGAAAAGGUUCCACAUGUUGGACUGAGCCAGGCCCUCCAGAGACACAAAGGUGUUUUGUAAGCCCAGGCACCAAUGAGAACGGACCAAAGAGUUUCAGGGCAGCUCCAGUAUAUUCCAGAGUCAAACCUGAGCUCCAGGCAUGCCUGAAGAUGCCCACUCCUCUGACAUCCUGAGCGUCUGUCCACACAUUGCAUGCAUGGUGCCCACACAUCAGAUACUGUUGUUCAUGCAACUUCCCGAGUUUCCAAGACCAUUUAACCUAGCUUGAAUGCACAAUGAUUGCUCUGUUUUUAAUGACACAGAAACAUUUGAGCAUUGUAUUUCUCGCAUCCCUUCUUGUGAGCACUAGACUUUUUCCAAUCUUAGUCAGAUUUUUGCUUUGAAAUUUUGCUUUUGUAUGGACACUCAGCAGAAAAGUACUUCUUGCCAGUUAUCUAUUAACAAAAUCCUUUGAUUUGUAGUUUUAAGGAUUAACCCUCAAAGUUCUCUUCAUAACUGCCUUGACGUUUGGGGUUCUGUUCUGUUAAUUUUCUUUUGCUUUUUUGUGUUUUUUGUUUGUUUUUACUUUUGCAUUUAAGACCAUUAAAUUUGAUUUUGUUUUGCUCGAGUUUUGUUUUGUUUUUUGUUUUACCUUUUCUUUCUUUUUUGGCUAGGGAAGGGCACAGACAGCCCAGCAUUCAGGGAGGAGUCUGUCAGACCUUAAACACUUGCCUCAAGUUUAAAAAAACAUUUCUGGAGCUAUGGUAUAAGAAAUACAGCUAUGGAUCAAUGGUUCUUAACUCGGGAGCUGGUAGGAAAGGUCAGAGGGAAGGUCUUCAGAGCAGAUGAGGCCUGACCCCUACAGCCCUCAGGACUGCUCUGAUUGUUAUUAGUGUGUGGAGAGAAUGAGAACAGGCUAGUGCGGUUACUGGCAGCUCUUCACUUUGAUGUGAGCCUGGAAUGUGUAACAGCAGGCUAGUAUUUAGUUCUAGAUAUCAUGGUAUGAUAGCAUUAUUUACAUAUCUGUUUACUUAUAUAUACAUAUAGCUAUUUUGUUUCAUUUACUUAAGUGGAAAACUGAGCAAAAAGCACAGCCAUCUCUAAAGUAGGUCAGUGUGUCAAGAAGCCCAUGUACAAUGUGAGGCUGCCUGUCCCCUCCCCCCCUCCUUUUCCUGACUUCCCUGGAGGGGCUCAUUGCCGUCUUCUCUACCAUUGGUGAGGUUGUCUCAUGUACUCAGGCUUUGUCCCACCCUAAAUGAGCUGCUCAGUACCUCACUCCAUCCCAUAAUUCCCAGCCUAUAAGACCUGAAACCCAGAACCAAAGGCUUACAUGCCCAGAUCUGACCAAAAAAGGAGAGUGCGUCUCCCUGUGGGACCAAAACGUUGUGAUAAAACAGGCAUCUCUAGUCUUAGCCAACACUCUUGU